AUGCAGAUUACUGGUAAAUGGACAGCAAAGCAGUGCAAGGUAGCAAUGCUUGUCAGUCAGGUUAAGAGCCUUCAAGCAAAGUUUACAGUUUGCAAUCCAAUGCUUGUGCCCCGAUAUGAGAUUAUAUUUGCAUUUAAACUAGCAAGAGAUGAAUCGGGACAAGGAUUUCGGUAUGGGAUCCCAUACCGAACCACCCCUAGAUCGGAGCGUGAAGCUGCAAUCCCCGAAUGGGCGUCAGAGCCUUGCAUCAUGGGCAUCAAUGAAGCUGGCCGCGGCCCUGUUUUAGGUCCAAUGGUGUACGGAUGCUUGUAUUGUACUCCCUCGUACCAAAAUACUCUCUCCUCUUUGAACUUUGCAGAUUCAAAGACAUUGAAGGAAGAGAAGAGGGAGGAAUUGUUUGAGAAUUUAAAGGCUGAUGAAUCCAUUGGGUGGGCUGUUGAUGUCAUAGAUCCAAGGGAACUUUCGGCCAAAAUGCUAAAGAAGUUAGUCCUAAACAUGGGAGUUCUUCUAACCGAGGAUCCUGGAUUAUCUGCUGACGAGACAGCGUUGCGUGAGUGGGUGCUCGAGGAAACAGCUGAAGAGUUGCAUAAAGGCUUUGGUUCUGGAUAUCCUGGAGAUCCGAGUACAAAGGCAUGGUUGGAACAUAACAAGCACUUCGUUUUUGGAUUCCCAUCAUUGGUCCGUUUCCUAAGGAUUUCGUGA